CUAGUUUGUUAAAUAUCCAAUUUGUUUUAUUGGUGUGACUCAAACUAAUACCUUAUUCUGAGUUGUUAUGUGUCUGCUGAGUUUUUCGUUAUAGAGGUGGGGUUUUGUGAUGGUGAUACUGAUGUUGAUGAUGAUGAUGAUGAUGUGAUUGUUGUUUUUGCCGAGAUUCACGUGGAUGUCACUGUCAACAUCAUCGCCUCUAUUCUCAAAUCUGAAUUCUUUUCCGCCUUUGGUUCAAGAUACAUAGCUCUUGUUUCCUUUUCUUCCUUUCCUCUGUUUCUCUUCUUUUUCAAUUCUAAUACUAAUAACAUGCAAGGUUUAAUUGAUCUCUUGUAAGUGAUACUUUUUUUGUUGUCUCGAAUUCAAACAAAAAUUGAUGCAUUGGAUGGAAAGGUUUAACUUUAAGAUAUCAUCAAAUUCCAUAGGCUUGAAAUGUGUGUUUGUGCUUGUUGCUGUUUUGAUUCUUAGAGCAUUGUUGCUUCCUUCAAUCCCUGGCUUAGUUGGCAGGGCUGAAUGGGGCAACAUUGUUUAUAUUCGCAAUGAUUCACAGUCUGGAAUCGCAGUUAGGCAAGACAAUAAGUUCUUGGAGGUUCCUCAGAUUGUGUGGGGACUAAACAACCAGAAGAUUGCAUUUGCAAGGGCUUGUCUCACUGCUCGAAUGCUCAACCGAACUCUCUUAAUGCCUAGCCUUAGUGCCUCUCUGUUUUACAAAGAGAUUGAUCUCUUGCAACCCAUUUCAUUUGACAAGGUUUUCCAAUUUCAAAAGUUUAAUGAACUUUGCAAUGGCUUUGUCCGGUUGGGGAGAUACUCGGAUCUCUCGAAUCCAACACAAGUUCUUGAAUUGCAGAAAGGGAAUGGUAGAAAGUGGACACUGGAGAGGGAUUUGGAACAAUUGAGAGAGCAUAGCAAAGGGAAAUUCGAUAACUAUCAAGUGAUUCGAAUAAUUGGGAAGAAUCCAUUCCUAUGGCACGAUCACUGGCCGGUGAGGGACUAUGCUAAGGUUUUUGAGUGCUUGGUUUUGGUGGAUGAGUUUACUAAUGAAGCAGAUAGAGUUGUGUCUAGGAUUAGAGCAGUUUCAUUGCAGCCUCUACCAUAUGUUGCUGUCCACAUGAGAGUAGAAAUUGAUUGGAUGAUUCAUUGUAAGAAAUUGGAACAGAGGCUAAACACAAAUCAAAUUUGUAGCAGCAAGGAUGAAAUCAUUCAAAGAGUUGCUAACAUUGAAGGUUUGAAGACUCCGGCCGUUGUUUACCUCGCCGUAGCCGAUAAACUCCUUCGAAAUUCUUCGGUGUUGGAAGGUUGGGGAGAAGGAUUUCUACCGUUUGAGAAAAAGAAACUUGGUGUGGAAGGAAUUUAUAGCAAAUAUCCAUAUCUGAUCCAAUCUGCAAUUGACUAUGAAGUUUGUUUGAGGGCUGAUAUCUUUGUUGGGAACAGUUUCUCUACAUUUUCAAGUCUCAUAGUUCUUGAGAGAACUCAGAAGAUGAUCAAAAAGGGUGAAAGUGGAACCAACAACAUAACAUGGCCUUCAUAUGCAUAUAACAUAAAAGGAGAAUCAAAUGGCCCCAAGAGAUGGAUCACAAACAUGUCUGAUUUAAACCUUCAAGCAAUUAGCUAUGGCACUACUCACAUAUCUUCUUGACAAUUCCUUUCUUUCUAUUCUUAAUUUCUCUUUAGCAUGUCUUCUGUUUGUUUAUUAACUUGUUAAUGUUUUGUGUAUAAUUUCUUGUAUAAAAGUUUCUAAUGAUUUUUGUGUGAAGUGAAGUGGGGUAGAGGGCCAUGCUUCACUUUCAAGUAACUAUAGACGUGUAUCUCAUGACCAAACGCUCUUUUAGUUAAUGUCAACUUCUUGAUGUUGCCAA